AUGUAUCAAGAUCGGCAAGGCGUCGUAGGCGGAGGAGGCGGUGGCGGAUCUGCGCCACACGGAAUCAUACUCGCCGUCGUAGUCGCAGUCGUUGUUCUCGUUCCUUUCUUCGUCGGAGACGGCGGUGAAGCCAUUACAGAUGCGAUUGCAGAGCUUUUAAGUCCGGUGGGACUUCUCUUACUCCCGAUCAUCCUCCUCCUCACCAUCCAGUUCCUCUCGUCGGAACGUGGUUCCUUCGUAUCGGCUAUUUUCUCAACCGGAGAACCCGAAUCGAUUCACCGGGUUAGUGGAUCUCCGGUCGGUGUUGCUCUGUUCUUAGUUCUGAUCUUGUUCUUACUCUACAAUCGCUUCUCUAUCUUCGGCGGAGAUGAUGAUUCCGGCGAUUGA